AUGUGGUACAUAUGAACCACUUAGCUAUGUGAAUGUGAGACCAGUACAUUGCACAGAAUCUCAUCAGGUUAAUUGCUUUUAAGUUUUAACUUAUGAACACUUUGACUAUAACGAAACAAAGAACAUGAAUAUAAAGAGAGAAAGUGCCACUAAAUAUGUUCCUAAUCAAAUUCCAAUGACUGGUCGUCUUAUCCAACACUAGCACAUGCUCUUAUUUCCCUACCAUUUCUUUUAAAUUCAAAAGCGACACUUCUCUAUUCAAAUUAACAGUAAUCAGUCCUUUAUAUAUUAUCUCCGAUGACUAUUUUUAUUUUUGUUUCCAUAAUCGAUAGAUUCAUAAGCAUAAUCAUUAUAUAUAUGAAUCAUAAUCAACCACUAAUUAAUACUCACCAUGUCUAAUCCGUCAUCUCUUAUAUCAAACCUUUGUGCACCAUCCAAUGUAUAUGAUAAUAAGAAGAAGAAAAAAACAUACUAAAUUCUUUGAUGCUCCUCUUAAUGAUCAUAUGAUUGGUAUCUAAUCUCUCUUCGAACAAAAUUGACUAAAUUUAAUUCCCUGAAUAAGAAACAAUCUACCAAUCACACUAAUCUUUAUUUCAUUAAGGAAAAGUAUAGAGCCAAAUUAAGGAGGUAAUUUCGUAAAUAUCUCGAAAACCAGUGGCAUUGUCACAUACCCUUUACUAUAUAAACCUCGUCCCUCCCAAACUCUCAAAAUCCCUCUUGACAUUUUCUUUCUCUCACUAAUUAAGACUACAAAGCAAAUCAAAUCACUAAACCGGAAAAAAUGGCUGGAGGUCUCGGAAAAUGCAGCAAGAUCCGUCACAUUGUGAGGCUGAGACAGAUGCUUCGACGGUGGCGCGAUCAAGCGAGGAUGUCUUCUUCUUUCAGCCGUCGUGUACCGUCGGAUGUGCCGUCAGGACACGUGGCGAUCUACGUAGGAAGCAGUUGCAGGAGAUUUGUGGUGCGCGCGACGUAUCUGAACCAUCCAAUCCUACGGAAUCUGUUGGUUCAAGCUGAGGAAGAGUUCGGUUUCGUUAACCAAGGUCCGUUGGUUAUCCCUUGUGAAGAAUCGGUUUUCGAGGAAUCGAUUCGGUUUAUCUCCCGGUCUGAUUCGACUCGGUCAAGACGGUUUACUUGUCCCGAUGAUUUUCAGAAGAACCGCCAGGUGGUGGGAAUCAGAAGCAAGAUAGAUCUAUGGAUCGAAUCUCGACCGUUACUUCACGGCGUCACUGAAAAAGCCGUCUGGUGAUGUCACUUGACGGCGUUCGUACGUACAGAGUAAAUAGACAAUAAAAUGAGAGAGCCGAUUCUGACUCAGUUUGACUCGGAACGAGCCGAAAAUGUUGUUGGAGACAAUUUUGCGGCACUCGGAUUCUUUUUUUCUCUAUUUAUUUAUUGGUGAGGCGGCGAGUUUUAUUGGUGGUGGCUCGGAGAUGGCCGUGAAAGGUGGGUGAGUCAUUCUACCGAGUCGUCCCGGGUUCGAAUCCAAGUUCAAGGACGUAGUAUGGAAAAUAAUAUGAUUUAAAUUGGUUGUAAAUUCUGCAAUUUCCAUUUAUAAUUGUAGAAAUCAUUAUUGUUUGAGAAAUUUCAAUAUUCUUACAAUCAUCCUGUAUAUUCAAUUGCAUUGUAAUGAACAUUAAUCUUAUUUUUUAAA